AUGGCCAGAACUUUCUUUGUCGGUGGUAACUUCAAGCUAAAUGGUAACAAGCAAUCCAUUAAGGAGAUUGUUGAGAGAAUCAACAAGGCUUCUAUCCCACAAAAUGUUGAGGUCGUCUUGUGCCCACCAGCCCCAUACUUGGACUACGCUGCUGGCUUGGUGUCCAAGCCUCAGGUCUCUGUCGGUGCCCAGAACGCCUACUACAAGGCUGCUGGUGCCUUCACCGGUGAGAACUCUGUUGAGCAGAUCAAGGACGUUGGUGCCAAGUGGGUCAUCAUCGGUCACUCCGAGAGAAGAACCUUGUUCAAGGAGACCGACGAGGAGGUCGCUGAGAAGACCAAGUUCGCUUUGGACCAAGGUCUAGGUGUCAUCUUGUGUAUCGGUGAGACCUUGGAGGAGAAGAAGGCCGGUGUCACCUUGAAGGUCGUCGAGACCCAAUUGAACGCCGUCAUCGCCCAGGUCAAGGACUGGUCCAACGUCGUCGUUGCCUACGAGCCAGUGUGGGCUAUCGGUACCGGUUUGGCCGCUACCCCAGAGGACGCUCAAGACAUCCACGCCAGCAUCAGAAAAUACUUGUCUGAGAAAUUGGGCGCUGACGUCGCUGAGAAGACCAGAAUCUUGUACGGUGGUUCCGCCAACGGCUCGAACGCUGUUACCUUCAAGGACAAGAAGGACGUCGACGGUUUCCUCGUUGGUGGUGCUUCUUUGAAGCCAGAGUUCGUCGACAUCAUCAACUCCAGAAACUAA